UCUUUUCAAGUUAGCCAUGCCUCACAAGGGAUAUGACGUUAUUAUAUGUAUGUAUCUACCUGUUCACCAACUUGUUACAAUAUCAACCUCUUACCGCCUUGAAUAUGGAAAUCUAUGAAUAAUAAGUACCUACCUACCUACUUAUUUUUAGAUUUAUUUGUUCAGUACAUAGGUUUUGAUUGUUAUUUGUGAGCAAAACUUAGUAAAAUAAAUUUUGCGCUCUGCUUAUUUAAGGCAUGACGGAAAGAUUAUGACGUGUUUUAAAAUGUCAUUAUUUAUUAUAAACAUUUAAAAUUGGACAGUGUCCAAGAGCAACUAGCUCUAAAGUAUGACGUCAAACUAGAGAACUAUGAAAACAAGGAAUAGAAAGUUUACAAUACAUCAAAACAGGAUAUUAACAUCAAGAUUUCAAUGUGUAUGUAUAGAUGUGUAAGUAUGUGCUUAAUUGAUCUUCAUUCCUGCAGUUCUGCAACUGAUAUUACUGGCAUAAUUCCUAUUGCAUCCUAGAUGGCAUUCUAUUAACAACUCUUUCAAAAAAGUGGAAUCACCCGCACGCAAAGACGGGGACUUACCAUAAUCCCCCGGGUUACAUAUACAUGUACUCCGUAUAGUUAAUUAUCUAUCGCGUAAUGCAUGUGAACUUUUUGAGUCUGUGGCGAAGGUUCCUUGCACAAAGACGGACAGUCUCUUAGAGGCGCUUGAGGCUUCAUCGUGGCAUUGCCGAGUGGUUCACGCACCAGUAAACACGUCUUAUAAAUAUCUUACUGAUAAAUACUACUUCCGGUGAAACCUUAUUUUAACUAAGUAACAAUGAAGUUUGCAAUCAUUAUUUUGUGUUGGUUGCCAAUAGAAAAUAUUUGGGCGUUCCAGUCGAAUACACCCCUUAUCAAGAACGUAUUUCGCGGAGGUGGGCACUUGGAGGGGCCUACGUGGUCCACCACUGAGAACGCCCUCUACUUUGUGGACAUCACGGGGCAGAAGGUCCACCGUCUAGACGGAUUUGUUGGGAACGUCACCACACGGGACAUCAGUUAUGGGCCUGUGUCGCUAGUGGUGCCCGUGGCAAACUUUCCGAAAUUAGUCCUGGUGUCAUCCAAGCGGUCAUUGUUCUUCCUGCCCUGGGACAGUGCCGACGGAGACAAGUCUCUCUCCCUACUGAGCACUGUUGAUUAUGGGAUACCCGACAAUAGGAUCAACGACGGGAAGGUUGACGCCAAGGGAAGACUAUGGUUCGGAACUAUGGGCAAAGAAGAAAAUGGAGCAGUGGACCAAGACAGAGCCUCUCUAUACAUGCUAGACGAGCAUAACUACGCUAAUCCAGAGAUCAAGAUUCGGCCAGUAUCGCUCUCCAACGGCCUCGCCUGGACGCCGGACAACAAAUACAUGUUCUACAUCGAUACCACCACCAGGAACGUAGAUGUGUUUGAUUUUGACCUCGACUCUGCCACUUUACGUAACCGCAGGACGCUGUUUAGCUUCAAAGCAAACAACGUGAGCGGCGACCCGGACGGCAUGACCAUAGACAGCGACGAGAAUCUGUGGGUGGCCUGCUACGGGGGAGGAAAGGUGAUCAAAAUAGAUUCACGAGCUGGCAAGCUGAUGGAACAACAUAAGAUUGAGGCUAGUCAGGUGACGUCAGUCAUGUGGGGGGGAAAAGACCUGUCUACACUAUACGUGACUACCAGUCGUAAAGACCUCUCUCCGGCGCAGCUGGCACAGGAACCAGAAGCAGGGUCCCUCUUCGCAAUAGACGGCACGGGCGCUAAGGGACUGCCGCAAUACGAACUUAAAUUCGCAGACGCCACCAAAUAUAUAGCCGGAUUUAUACCGCAAAAUAAAUAAGUUUAUUAUAAAAAU